UUAGGUCUGUGUAUCGGGUAAUGACGGUCAAUUUUUUUUAAGUGUAGCUAGUGGAUUGAAAUAAGUGCAAAAAGUCACCCGUGAGUGAGUAGGUAGAUUUAUUGGACUGUUUUUGGACUUCAGAUGGCCGUUUCAACGUUGAACAUGUCGCCUUACUUUACAGGAUACCCUUUUCAAGGACAAGGUAGAGUCAACCAGCUUGGUGGAGUUUUCAUCAAUGGACGACCACUGCCAAACCAUAUCCGACUGAAAAUCGUUGAAAUGUCUGCGGCCGGAAUAAGACCUUGUGUUAUUUCAAGACAACUGAGAGUGUCGCACGGGUGUGUUUCGAAAAUAUUAAAUCGGUAUCAAGAAACCGGUAGCAUUCGUCCAGGUGUCAUUGGGGGGUCGAAACCUCGAGUGGCGACCCAGGAGGUCGAAAACAGAAUAGAACAUUGGAAGAAGGAACAACCUGGUAUCUUCAGUUGGGAAAUACGAGACAGGCUUAUUAAAGAAGGAAUUUGCGACAAAACCUCAGCCCCUUCCGUCAGCUCCAUCAGCAGGCUUAUAAGAGGAGGGAGAAAAAGCGAUUCUGAUAAGAAAAACCACUCUAUAGAUGGAAUAUUAGGACCUAACUCUUCUUGUGAAGACAGUGACACGGAAUCUGAACCUGGCAUCCUUCUAAAGCGGAAACAACGUAGAUCUCGAACAACAUUCACUGGUGAACAACUGGAAGCUUUAGAACGAGCUUUCAGUCGUACUCAAUACCCAGAUGUAUAUACAAGAGAGGAACUAGCUCAAAAGACUAAACUAACUGAAGCAAGGGUGCAAGUUUGGUUCUCUAACCGACGAGCUAGACUAAGGAAACAACUAAACUCGCAACAACUUAACGCUUUCAGUGCAAUAUCUCUACAGUCUGCUUUCCCAGGAGUCCAGCAACACUAUCCCGAAGCAAACUUUAACCAGAGCUCUUGGGCUCAGCAAUCCUAUGUACCUUCUGCUAUAAGUUCAACUUCUCUCCCAAGUUCUCUUCCUAAUAAUACAAGUACCAGCUCUGCAAGUACAACUACACCCUCUCAGAGCGCGUUGUACAAUUCCUAUAGCAACGGAAGUCAUUUGGAACAGAGUGCUGUGUUGAAUUGUAGUAACCAGUUUGGCUACAAUACGUCCCAAGUAUCACCCAGUCAUCACAGCAUAUCUCCCCAACAAAGUGCUGUAUGGUCACGUCAUCCUCAGAGUAACAAAAUGACUGAAAAUAUCUCUCCAUCUUGGCACGAGAAUUAUAGCCUAUUGGCUUCAGGAACACAUUACGCAGGGGCUCAUUCUGCAAGCGAGGCAAAGUCAGGAUAUCCGUACUUCGGGGCUAUGGAAAUGGGUACUAGUAGAGUCCAUUAAAUUAUUUAUUGUAGCUAGUAUAUGUAUACUGUAUGUAUUAUAGUCAGUCAUUUAUUGUAGUAAUUUCUAUGUAAAUAUA